AUGGGCAAAAAGAAGCGCAGCCAUCCCGACGUAGAGGAGCUCCUUGCGCGGCCGUGGUGUUACUACUGCGAAAGAGACUUUGAGGACUUGAAGCUGCUUAUCUCGCAUCAAAAGGCAAAACACUUUAAAUGCGACCGAUGUGGUCGCCGAUUGAACACAGCAGGCGGUCUCGCCGUUCACAUGAACCAGGUGCACAAGGAGAGCUUGGACAAGGUUGAGAAUGCGCUGCCGAACCGAGAUGGCUUGGACAUUGAAAUCUUUGGCAUGGAGGGUGUACCAGAGGACAUGCUGGCCCAGCACAGAACGCGCAUCAUCACAAACUACUACGAGGCUCAGGAAGCUCGACGCGCCGCCACAGGCAAUCCGCCGCCGGGACAGUCGGGCGGCCAGGGCCCGGCCAAGAAGAUCAAGAUCGAGACGCCAGAGGAGAUAAAGAAGCGUCUGGCCGAACACAAAGCUCGUCGCGCACUGGGACAAACGAAUGGAAACUCGGGCUCAGACGCGCCAAACCCUGCACAAAGCGCAAGCCCGGGAUCAUUUUCAACCCCCUUCAACGCCCCUCCCCAGUACGGUCAACCUGGAUACAACAUGCAACAGUACCCAGGAUAUCCUGCUUCGGCUCUUCCUACAAGGCCUCCUGGCGUUGGUGCCGCUGCUCCACAAGCACUUCCGCAAAGGCCGCCAUACGGUGCUCCUGGAUUCCCACCUUCCGCAGGUGCAGGGAUGCCGUCUACGCUCGAUGACCUCGUCUCUGGUGCUGCGCAGAGUGCGGGUGGUCGCAGUGGUGAUGAUAUCGACAAGAUGAUAAGGCUGGCUGAGGCUGGGGUCAAGCCGGCAGGUGAAGGCGCUGCAGACCCUAAGAGCAAGAAGGACAAGAGCACAAGGAUGAUGGUAGCGAACUCGACGUUCAGCCUGGAGGAGUUGAUGGUACAACAAUGGACAACCUCGACGGGUGCGGCAAUAGCCGUAUGA